AUGGUCGACUAUUUCCCUAUCCGGCUGCACUUUGAGGACAAGGACGUAUUCCGCGGCGACAAGCGCUACAUCGUGACGCUCGAGCCGCACUCCGUCCUCCCCGUCGGCCUCCCCGGGUGCUUUUUGCCCAACCGCAUCCAGCGCUGCCGACUGCCCCCCGCGCUGCAGCCUGUCUACUCCUGCGUGUCGUCCGCGGUGUUCGCGCUGCCCGUCCUGGGCACGAUGUGGUACUGGUGGGGCGCGAGGACCGUCGACAAGCCCACCGUGACGCGCAUCCUGCGGUCAGGUGCCAACGUCGCGUUGACCCCGGGGGGUGUCAAGGAGUGCCUGUACAUGGCCCCGGGGAAGGAGACGCUCUACAUGCGGCGGCGGCUCGGCCUCGCGAAGCUCGCUCUCACUACAGGGGCCGCAGUCGUCCCCGUAUUCGCCUUCAACCAAACCAAAACCAUGGGCUUCGUGCGCCCCGGCCCGCCGCUGGUGCCGCAGUGCGUCGUGACGGCGGUGUCGCGGUCGCUCGGGUUCGUGCCGGUGCUGAUGCGGAGCCCGACGGGCUGGCCGGCGCCGGGGCGGGUGGCUGUGGAUGUGGUGGUGGGGAGGCCGGUGGAGGUCAAGGGUGUGGUGGCGGAUCCGACGGAGCGUCAGUUGCGGGCCUACCUCGAGGAGGUGGUGCGGGAGAUGACGGCGCUGUUCGAGCGGCACAAGGCGGAGCACGGCUGCGCGGACCUGAAGCUCGAAAUCCUGUAG